AUGGGAAUUGGAAACCAAACUACCAUCUCUGACUUCCUGCUCCUGGGCUUCUCUGAACACCCCAGACAGCAACCUGUUCUGUUUGUGCUCUUCCUGGGCAUGUAUUUGGUUACCAUGUUGGGGAACCUGCUCAUCAUCGUGGCCAUCGGCUCUGACCAGCACCUCCACACCCCCAUGUACUUCUUCCUGGCCAACCUGUCCUUCACGGAGACAAGCUUCAGCUGCACCAUUGUCCCCAAGGUGCUGGUCAACAUUCAGACGCAGGACCAUACCAUCUCCUACGCUGGGUGCUUCGUGCAGAUGUACUUCUUCAUGGCCUUGACCCUGCUGGAUGACUUCCUGCUGGCCGUGAUGGCCUAUGACCGCUACGUGGCCAUCUGCCUUCCCCUCCACUACGCCACCAUCAUGCAUCCCCAACGCUGCCUGCUGCUGGUCGCCGCAUCCUGGCUCUGUGCCCACCUGCUGGCCUUCUCUCUCACUCUCCUCAUGUCUCAGUUCUCCUUCUGUGCCUCCCGCUCCAUCCCACACUUCUUCUGUGAUGUCCCCCCGCUCCUCAAACUCGCCUGUUCAGACAUCCACAAUUUUCAGGUAACGAUGUUAACUGAAGCCGUCCUCUCAGGCACAAUCCCUCUCACCUGUGUCCUGGUGUCCUAUGCCCACAUCAUCUGCACCAUCCUCAGGAUCCCCUCCACUGGCGGGAAGCACAAAGUCUUCUCUACCUGUGGCUCGCACCUAUCAGUCCUCACUCUGUUCUAUGGCACAAUAUUCCUAGUGUACUUCCAGCCCUCAUCCUCCUACUCAGCAGACACUGGAGUGGUUGUAUCUGUUAUAUACACGAUGGUCACCCCCAUGCUGAACCCCUUCAUCUACAGUCUGCGGAACAGGGACAUGAAGGGGGCUUUGUGGAGACUCUUUGGCUGGGGAAAAUGUGCUCUCCAUAAAGGGUCCUUUCCAGAUUAG